AUGAACAUCAACCUUUAUCUGCCGGGUUCUCAGGACAAAGCGCUUCGCUUGCCUGACUUCUCGGUUAAAGAUGCUGCAGAAGGUUGUGUUUUAAGCCAGACCCCACCGGAGCCUGAAGGCAUAAUCGUUGUGGGUCAAGACUUCACUGAGGACAAGGCCUCCAAAGACUUUGGGAUCCUGUCCAGGUGGUGUCAACAGGCCAUGUACCCUGAGGAAAAGCAAGCUCGAGGAGGAACCCUUGAGUUCAGAAGAUUGGCACCUGUGCAAGAGCCACCGAACAAGUCAUAUUCCACCCAGGCUGGCUUGUGGCUAAGAAUUGAGUCGUGGCUCAAUGCAGUGGCCAAGGCUGGUGUCAAGGUUAGCCACAAAGCCCUGGCAGGGGUUGUGAAUCAGUUGCAGUUCGGUGAGAUGCCGAUUGAGGAAGCAGACAGAUGGAGGGCUGAGCUUCUCGCCCAUUUUCAAUGCACCUCACUGCUUGAAAGUGACCAAGAAGAAAUGCUCAGAAGCUUCAUUAAGCAAGCGCAAAGCGAUCACUUGGCUGCCGACAAGCAAAGGUACCAGGCAUGGUUAGAGGGUGCCAUGGUCAAGGGCAUGCGCCCCUUAUACAACGCAAUUCGGUCUCAUGAGCAAGUCCUGGUCAGGCCCUUCCGCAACAAGGAGGCAACGUUGAGGCCUUACCUGAGACACCAGCAAUGGCAAGAGAUCUGGAAGAGUCAGGACUCACCCGUGGAGCCGGUCUUGCCUGAGCUUCUCAGCAGGGCUGUGGAAGCUGCGAUGCUUCCAGCCAUUACAGUUACCCAGCUUCAAACAAGACUUCAGUGUCUUUCUGAAAAGGCACCAGGAGUAGACGGUUGGAACAACCGCAUGCUGAAGCAAUUGCCACCUACUGCUUUGGAACCUCUCACCCAGUUCCUGAACCACAUGGAAGCAACUGGCAAGGCUCCCGGCCAGUGGAGGGUAGUCAAGUUUGCCAUGUUGGCAAAGAACAAAGACAUCGAAAGACCAAUAGGCCUGUGCAAUGUUGUAUACAAGGCAUGGCUUCAGGUGAGAUACUCCCUGAUCCAAAAUUGGAUAAAACAAUAUGAGCUGAAGGCCCACUGGGACGCGGCAAUGCCAGGGAACACAUGUCUGUCAGUGUCCAUUUCCCGUGUCUUCAAGAGUGAGAUAGCGGUGGCAACGGGGCGUCACCGUGCCUCAGUUUACCUUGACCUCACAACUUUUUAUGGGGCACUGACUCAUGCAAGGCUCAUUGAGUCAGCUAAGGAGCUGGCCUUCCCGGCCAGUAUCCUCAACAUAGCGAUCCAAGUAUAUCGCGGUGCCCGCAUCAUCGAUGCUGAAGGCUCAAUGAGCCCAGUAUCGUUCACGAGUUAG